AUGUUAUUGCCGUUGGUCCCAGUUAUUACAGUACUAUACUGGGUAGCUAAGCUCGUACCGUCUCCCCAAUGCGGAGACCUGAAUCCAGUUGAAGAGGAUAGCUACGAAAAGGACGUACUGUUUUACGUUAAUAUCGGCGAUCCGGAAUUGCUAGAUGUUCGGAACAAACCUGUCUCUUCUGGCCGUGAAGUGAACAAAUUAACGACCCUCGCGGAGGACGAAUGCGUCGUGGCCAUGAUGGGGCUGCCAAGAGCCGGCGAAAUAACCAGGGCGCAGCUUAGGAUAAAAGAAAGCAAAGAGUUUAAGAAUACAGUGGACAAACUCGUUCAAAGAGCAAACGCGUCUAUUAUAAUAGGGACCUCCUCAUGGAAGGAACAGUUUACAGAAGCCUUAACGGCCAGCUCAGAUAACCCCGACGAGCCGCCAUCUUGUUUAGACUACAUAAUGCACAUUUUGACAUUAUUUUGGAAAAUAAUAUUCGCAUUCGUACCUCCAACAGAUAUUGGCGGUGGGUACGUAUGCUUUGUCGUGUCGAUAAUCUGUAUCGGCCUAGUUACUGCCGUCAUCGGAGACGUGGCGUCACACUUUGGCUGCACACUUGGCAUCAAAGAUUCCGUAACAGCGAUUAUUUUUGUCGCUCUCGGGACGAGUAUACCUGACACAUUUGCCAGUAAAGUGGCAGCUAUUCAAGAUAAACACGCAGACGCAUCUGUGGGCAAUGUAACGGGCUCAAACGCCGUCAACGUGUUUCUGGGUAUCGGCGUAGCUUGGACUGUCGCCGCCGUGGUGCAUUGGACGAGGAACGAGAAGUUUCACGUUGAACCGGGAAACCUAGCAUUCAGCGUGACGAUGUUCUGCUCCGAGGCAGCGCUUGUGGUGAUAGUCCUAAUGAUGCGCCGGCGCAAGUCAGUCGGCGGUGAAUUAGGAGGACCGCGCGGCGUGAAGAUUCUAACCUCAAUAUUCUUCUUUUUAUUGUGGGUCAUUUACCUUACUAUGUCUAGCUUAGAAGCCUAUGGCGUUAUUAAAGGAUUCUAA